CAGAUAUCCGGUUCUUCCGGGCGCUCAGGGAGCUGACGGGGAAGGCCACCGCCCAGCAGAAGACGCGUCUCCGCCGGUGGAGUCGCGGUUCCCGCGGUGUGUGAGUGAGCCAGGGCCCGGUCCCCUCUCCCGCCGCCGCCAUGGGCUGCACGUUGAGCGCCGAGGACAAGGCGGCGGUGGAGCGGAGCAAGAUGAUCGACCGCAACUUGCGGGAGGACGGGGAGAAGGCGGCCAAAGAAGUGAAGCUGCUGCUGCUCGGUGCUGGAGAAUCUGGUAAAAGUACCAUCGUGAAACAGAUGAAAAUCAUUCAUGAGGAUGGCUAUUCAGAAGACGAGUGUAAACAGUAUAAAGUAGUUGUCUACAGCAACACCAUUCAGUCCAUCAUUGCAAUCAUAAGAGCCAUGGGACGCCUAAAGAUUGAUUUUGGGGAAGCUGCCAGAGCAGACGAUGCCCGGCAGUUAUUUGUUUUAGCUGGCAGUGCCGAAGAAGGAGUCAUGACUUCAGAACUAGCGGGUGUGAUUAAACGGUUAUGGCGAGAUGGUGGGGUGCAAGCGUGCUUCAGCAGGUCCAGGGAAUAUCAGCUCAAUGAUUCUGCUUCAUAUUACCUAAAUGAUUUGGAUAGAAUAUCCCAGACCAACUACAUUCCAACUCAACAAGACGUGCUUCGGACAAGAGUGAAGACUACAGGCAUUGUGGAGACACACUUCACCUUCAAGGAGCUAUACUUCAAAAUGUUUGAUGUAGGUGGCCAAAGAUCAGAACGAAAAAAAUGGAUUCACUGUUUUGAGGGAGUGACAGCAAUUAUCUUUUGUGUGGCCCUCAGUGAUUAUGACCUUGUUCUGGCCGAGGAUGAGGAAAUGAACCGAAUGCACGAAAGCAUGAAAUUGUUUGACAGCAUUUGUAACAACAAAUGGUUUACAGAUACUUCAAUCAUUCUCUUUCUUAAUAAGAAAGACCUUUUUGAGGAGAAAAUAAAGAGGAGUCCAUUAACAAUCUGUUAUCCAGAAUACACAGGUUCCAACACAUACGAAGAGGCAGCUGCUUAUAUUCAGUGCCAGUUUGAAGAUCUGAACCGAAGAAAAGAUACCAAGGAGAUCUACACUCACUUCACUUGUGCCACAGACACCAAAAAUGUGCAGUUUGUUUUUGAUGCUGUUACAGAUGUCAUCAUUAAAAACAACUUAAAGGAAUGUGGGCUUUAUUGAGAGGAUGGCAUUACUAAGUUUCUACAGUGAGGAGUGUUGAGACCAGACAUCAUCUGCUGUCUCUUGGGUCAGCUACAAGCCUGACGGGACCAAGGAAUGGCAGCAGCAUGCAGAAUCUUAGCACUCUUUAGCACAAUCUUCUGUAUUAGGGAAUGUUUAAUUGGCAUGAGAAGUUCAAGUCAGACAUUGGAAUUGGAAUAACUGUAAAGUAUGAUUGCAUCAUCAGGGCAUCCCUUGGGUUUUAUAAUCUCAAAAGUUUAGGGCAUAUUGAAGUCGAGGUGCUGCAUUCCAGAACUUAAAUAUGUAGCCUACUUUUUUCCCCUUCUUAAUAGAUCACCAGUAGUUAAUUUCUAGGUUUUUCUCAUGGAGAAGAUUAACUAGAAAAUCUUAUUUGUUUGCAAAAGAAUCUUCUGAGAACUCAGUCUUAACUAUGCACACAAUGUGACCAGACAUCUUGAAAACAUUCCUCUUAGUAGGAACUGUUUGUUUUUAAAUCUUGAAAUGGUGAAGAAUAAUAUUUCCAUAAUUAAAGUUCUUCCCAGAUAUUGGGACUACAUUAAUAUAGCUUUUUUGAAUGAAAUUUACAUUACUGCCAUGUUUAAGGUACCAUGAUGGUUUCUAAACAUCAGUCACUUUGGAGAGUUCUACAGUAAGAUUCUAACUCUCGUUUCUUUAAACUAAUGGUUGAAGGUUAACCUUGUUUUUGCUGAUUACCAAAUUACUAAGUGAAUACUGAUGUGAUAUGAUAAACUCUGCUUCUUAGAUACAGACACACCCAGGAUAGCUGUCAAUUAGAGAUGCAAACUGCUAAAUUGAGAACCAGUGACUUGCUACUACCAAUCUACUAAAUUGGCCACUUUGAUUCUUGCCUGUUUGUCUUAGUCAUGGGGAGUUGUGUAUAAGGUGCCCCUUGUUCUCCAGCUUCAUGACCUUUUUGUUGUUGUUGCUGGGAGAUAUCACACACAUCAGUGUGUGAACAGUGCAUGCUUCUCCUUUGUAAAUGUGGCGCCAAAUCCCUGUCUGCAUCGUUUUUACCGUAGUCAUCCUUAGUCAGUAUGUUCUUUUUCUAAAACUUGCAUUUUGGGACUUCUUUUUCCACUUUGUCACGUGUACAGAUUUUAAUCUGUUACGGUUGGCAGCAGUAUUAAAAUGGUGAGUAAAGAGUCCAGGAUUGUUCCUGUUUGUAACUAAUCCUUUCUGGAAAUCUUGUCUUCAGUUUCUUUUUGCCCCUGCUGCGUGUUCUUUGGCCUUUGUCUGAGAGUGGGUUUAGGUAGAUGGGUGUCUUUGAAAGUCUAGUUCCUUGAUAUAAUAGUGUUAUGAAAUCUAGGGCUAAGGGCUUUAUGUGCAGUCUCUGUACAAGUGAUAUGAGUCAUAAUCCAGCAUCCUGAUUUAUAUUUUGCUUGUACUGAGAGCUACAGUCCUUUUGUACAAUACAUAACAAAUGUCAUUAAACACUGAGUGGACCACUGGGGGAUGGCAAACAGAGAAUGCAUUUUGAGCAUUUCAGAUCAGUAGUUUGAACAGUGCCUUUUGGGGUCCAGUCUUUCUGAAUUGGAUCCAUUUCAUCUUUUGAUGUUACCUCCUACUCAUUUAAAAGAAGGUUGGUGGUCAGAACUGCAUUGGAAAUCAAGCCACAGUGAUCAGUGCCUUUGCUGGCAGCUUUUAAAUUUUUUAAUUCUUACACGUUUUGGAAAAUCAUUUUUAUGCAGACAGUAUAACUGUUAUCUAACAAACAUUUCUGUAGAGCUAGGAAAAUGCCACCUGAAAGAAAGAAAAGUAUUGAUUUUAAUCAGUGCUUGACUGGAUUCUCACAUUAGAGGGUUGAUAAGUCUUACUCUGAAUUUAUCUUUCUUUUGUUAUAUUCUGUAAUAUAAAAGCAUCUGGGAAUGAGAACUAGUGAAAUACUUUUGUCAUAAUUUUUCUAUACUUUCGGUUUAAUAAAAUGGUGUUGAUAAGCUAAAAUAAUAGAUAAUCCAAAUUUAAUUUUACUUCAGAAUGCAUUUUGUAUUUUCAUUUGAAUCUGUCUAUUUUUUAAGUCUUUCUGCUAAUUAAAAAUAGAAGUUCUCUACA